AUGCGAGAAUUAUGCGAUGAAGACGAGCUCUUCCGAAGAUUCAUCGACUGGGCUGAAGACAAAGAUGCAUUACAGCCCGAGAAAAACAAAUGCAAGGGGAAUGAUAAAAAUGCGCUCGAUAGCAUUCUCUCAGGGCCUCACCAGCGAGUUACGAGAUAUGGCUUGUUAUUAGAUACCCGGCUCUACAAUUACUAUCUUUCUUUGAACUUUUUAUUUCGCGUUUUUUGGAUUUCGAUUUUAGAAGCUGGGGAAAGAGACUGUUUGCAAACUGGCGCAAGAACCGAUUAG